GUAUGGCUAAGUGUUUCGUCGACGUUGUGAUGGAUAUCCCCACGUUCGACCUCGCUAUCCUGAAACAGGACAAUGAAAAGUUUUGCGCAGUCAAAAUCAUCAAUCUCAAAGACAAGGUGAAAGUCGAUGUCGCUCGUGCUAUGUGUUAUGGAAAACCUUAUGUGGUGAAUUGGGCAGGCGAGGUAAAGACCAUGAAGAAAUGUGUUCACUUUAUCUUCGAGAAACUUGGAGGGCAUCAAUUUCGACAGCACACGCUUCGCACUGCCGAGGAGGGUAAGCCGGAUGUGGAGCGCACCCAAGCGGAGUGGGAUUACGGUUUUGAUUUCAUUGAGGAGCAAGGCCCUCGGGAUCAUGUCAAGAAUCGCGCCUUGAGGUGGAUAACUAUUCAGACCUCCCAGAAGGAUUCCCCCAUCUACAAAUGGUCACCUGUUCUAGUGGAGAAAAGCCUUCGCAAUCUUUGUCAAGACGGUGUCCUCGCAAAGGUCAUUGAGGUUUGGCCCCUGACCCUUUACGACCUUGACGCACGCAUCCUCAAAGCCCUUGGCACAUUGUUCAACACGCUACAGGAGAAGGCACUCGGUUUCCAUGGAGUCCCCGGCAAAGGCAAAACCCCAGUGGCACGAUCGAUAGCGAUGGCGCUUUCUCGGUAUUGGAUCGCGGAGUUGGGGCAGACCGGCGAGGUAACCCCAUCGUUUCGCCAAGCAUCCGAGUUCGAUUUUUUCCGUGGCCAAACCGGUAUGCUCACCAGACCCGACAUUUUUGACGACGGCACUCUUUCAGAACAGCCAUUCAAGAAAGUGAAAGCCUUUACAGACGUGGGAAAUAUCGAGUCCAUGUCCAAGGAGAGGUGGGGAGCAGCUAAGUGGGUCAAGGGUCAGGCAAGAAUCUAUUGUGUGAACGACUUCGACGUCAAAUCCGAGCCACCCCUCGACCAACCCCUCAUCGACAUCCAGGAAGGUCGUCAUACUUACAUCGCACAUAAGGUUUUCCUCGAGAUGUUGGAGUCCGCAUGGUACAGCAAAGAGGCAUCCGAGUCGAACGUGAUGGCUGUCUUGAAAAGAACGCAUAUCUUCGUGAACACCGCCACUUCGCUCUACAUCCGCCCGGCAUCCGAAAAUGAACAUCCAGUACUCCGCAUUCCAUUGGGUGACAAAUCCGAUUUUCUCCAUGUCGACUCUCGCAUGGUUUAUGAUUACCACAGGAAGGGAGGAAAGGACUUGCCCGCGGAUUUCGACAAAAAAGUUGCAUGGGAAGCUGAUUGGGUUCGCAAGGCCAUGGCGGGUGAGAAAAGUUUGCCAUACAGACCCACAGUUGUGCGCAGAGGCAGUUUGUUGUCAAACGUGGCAUCUUCGUCGGCUACACCUACAUUUAACAGCGAUGAAGCCACCUCCAGGCUCAAUGCUGAGUUAUGUCGCAGUCUCACGGGUGAACUUCCGCAUCAUGCUCGUGAUGUCGCCCCUUCCACGACUUCCACGGGCUGUUCGGUGAAGCUGGAACACCCCUCCACCCCAAUUCGAGUGAAGAAGGAGUCCACCCAGCAAGGCUUCGCGACACAAGCCCGUCGAGUAGCCGAUGAGUGUGCAGGUCACCCCAUCGAAAUCCAGGAUUCACCUUCCCCCAAGCCCAAGCCGAAGUGUGGGAUCAAGCAAGAACUCCCAGUAAACUCUUUUGCUACGUUGGCGGCAACCCCAAACGGCUUCACCAUCGACAUCGAGGACACCCCCGAGAAGGAUGUGAAAGGUGAGGUAGGUAAGCCGAAGACAAACGACGAUGAGCUCGUCAGGGACUUGGAGAUGCUCAUUGAUGAAGAAAUGAAUGGGGUCGGUACGGACCAGGGAAUCAUGGAGGGCAACGCGCGGAGAACCACAUGGGCAACACAGACGAAAGCAUGGCACACACCGAUAACGGGGACGGCAAUUCAGUGGGGUCGGAAAUGGAUGUGGAUGAGUCAUGAGUGA